AUGACGGACCUCGAUCUCUUCCCGCGAGGCAAGAGCGCCGCCGCAGCAGACGCGGCAGCAGCAUCCAGCACGCCCAAGUCGAGCAGCGGCAAGCAAGAUGCUCGAAAACGCAAGUCCUCCGGGGCGGCAUCGCCUCAAGAUAACAGUAAGAAGGGCAAGGGGGGCAAGGACAAGGACUGGCUGUUCGGCGGUGGCGGUGGCGGUGGCGGUGGCGAUAAGCAGCAGAGCAGGCCUUCGGCGCCAGGCAAGAGACCUCGCGGCGAGAGCAGUGCAUCGAGCCCCGGCGGUAUCGGUGCAUCGAAGGGGAAGAAGAGAGGCUCGACCGCGAGCGAGGUGGGGUCGGGCAUGCUUGUAGAGCACUCGGGGAGGGCUCCUCGGCUCGAGAUGGUUUCCUUCAAGAAGCUGAACAAGGGCACUCUUGCCAUGGGAGUCGUCUUCAAGAUCAAUGAACACGACAUGGUGGUCUCCUUGCCCAGCAGCCUAACGGGCGUGGUUAGACGUCAAGAGGUCAGCGACUACUUCCACCAAAAGGCAGCAAGCGCGAAGAACACCGGGUCCAAUAGAGCUGGCGGCCGAGGGAGAUACUUCGACGAAUCACACGCCGGCGAGAAGCCCUUGACCCACCUAUUCCGCGAAGGACAGGUUGUCCGCUGCGCCAUCAUCAGCCUGGCGAAGGAAGCCAAAGGCCGUCACAUCGAGCUGUCCCUUCGCGCCUCCGUGGUGAACAAGGGGUUGUCGCUGUCCCAGCUGACGAAGGGAAGUGGGGUGUACGGGUCAGUGGCGUCGGCGGAGGACCAUGGGUACGUGGUCACGCUCGGCCUGGAUGGCGUUACCGCUUUUCUCCCGAAGAAGGAUGGUCCCAAGGACGGCCUCGAACCGGGGCAGCCGGUAGAGGCUGUCAUCCAGACGGUAAAGGCUGCUGCUCGCACGGUGACUCUGACAGCAGAUCCUUCGCUAGUUUCCUCUGCUGUGACCCAGGGCACGUCCUUCGACCUUCGCUCCCUCAAGCCCGGAAUGCUCGUCGACGCCAUCGUGGACAGCGUGCUCUCGAACGGGAUCCUCGUGAGUUUCCUCGGCUACUUCGCCGGGUGCGUGGACCACAACAACAUGCCUCUCGUCUCCGGAGACGGCAAGGACGAGCCCAAAGGAUGGCGACCGCUCUUCAGACCGGGACCAGAACCGGUCCGCGCUCGAGUUCUGCUGGUUGACUACGUGAACAAGGCUAUUCGCCUGACUCUCCGUCCUCAUCUGAUGGAGAUGAGAACACCCUCUGGCUUGCCGCCGACCGGGGCGUUGUUGGAGGGAGAGGUCGUCAGGGUGGACCCUGCGUUGGGCCUUCUGCUUACGGUGCCGUCAACGGAAGAAGACGACGGAAGCGAAGCAGCCGGCAACGCCCCUGCCGCCAAGAAGGAACGGGGGCAGGGCCGUCGAGAACGUCGAGCGGCAGCAGCAGCAGCAGCAGCAGCGGCAGCGGCUGGCGGCGACGAGGACGACGGCGAGGAGCAGGAAAAGAAGUGGAAGACCAUCGGCGCGUACGUGCACAUCUCCCGUAUCUCCGAUGAGAGGGUGGAGCAUGUGGAGAAAUCUUACAAGCCUGGACAGAAGGUCCGGUGUCGCGUCACGGGGUCCUCGCUCGUUGAAGGCUGGGCGGCAGCGUCCCUCCGGCCCUCUGUCCUGUCGGCUGCCGUGUUGCGGUACCAAGACCUGAAGCCCGGUUCCCUCGUGGAAGGGGAGGUCGCUGCGGUGGAGGCGUUCGGUCUCCUCGUGAAGCUGGGAGAAGGCGUUCGUGCUCUGGUUCCCAAGAAUCAUCUGGGCGACGUGGGCGUCAAGAACCCCAAGGCUCGCUUCAAGGUCGGAGCGCGUGUGAAGGGGCGAGUGCUGACGGUGGAUGCUGGGUCAAGCAAGUCCACGUUGACCUUAAAACGCUCCAUGGUCAAGGACAAGCGGGAGGUCAUCUCCACGUACACGGAGGCGAAGGAGAGAGAGGGUACGGCGUGCACGGGUUUCGUGACCAAGGUGGCUCCGUUCGGGCUGCACGUGUCGUUCUACGGGAACGUCUUCGGACUUCUACCUUCCAAGGCCCUGACGAAGCAUGGCAUCCAAGAUCCUUCGGAGGCCUUCGCCGUUGGGCAGGUGGUCGGGUGUGUGGUGCGAUCGUGCGACGUGACCACCUACCCUCCCAAGCUUGCCCUUUCUCUCGACGUUGCCGGAAAGACGGAAGAGAUGGGAGGCACCGGUGCUGCUGAGGAGGACGAGUCGGAUGGCGAGGGAGGAGCAGCAUCGUGUCCAUUCUCUCCCGGUGACACUGUGUCAGGAGUCGUGUCCGCCAACCAAGACAAGGAAGGCAAGGUCGUCGUCGACCUCAACCUCCCGGCUGACACCACCCCCGAGGACACCUCGACAAAAAAGAAAAAGAAGAAAUCUCAAGCCAAGCAGGCGGCGGUAGCCACAACCGCGCCGGGGUUCCUCCCGCACCCCCACCUGGGCGAUCACGCGUCCGUGUGCGGGCAGACCCUUGCGGCGCAAUUAACCCCAGGGACUGUCAUCGACCAGCUUCUGGUGCUUGAAGUCGACAAGAUGGGGGUGCCCAUGGUGACCCUCAAGCCUCUCCUGCUGUCGGCCGUCGCUCGUAGCGGGGAAGACAAGGAGGCGUUUGUCCCAGGGGCUGCGUCGAACGUGUCCCCUGGAGACCUGAUCGCCGGGUACGUGUGCCGGGUGGAGUCUUUCGGGGUGUUUGUGAGGUUCUUGGGCAGGUUCACGGCACUGUGCCCGCGGUCCAUGGCGGCGGACCGGAUGGUGGAAGACCCCAGUGGGAUGUUCGAGGAAGGCGACAGCGCUAGGUGUGUCGUACAGCGUGUGGACGAGGACACGGGGCGUGUGGUGGUGACCCUUGACCGCACCACGGUACCCACCUCCCCAGCCCUCUACCUCCGAUCCCUUCUCUCGGAGACAUUCGCUUCUGCCGCUGGUGGUUGUGCUGAAGCAGCACCUUCCGGCAACCUCACCGGAAACGAAGGCGCUGAGGCUUCGGAAGAGGUCGCUCGGCCUUGGGGUCGUCUUGAGUUUGGGUCAACGACAAAUGCGGUGGUGGUGGCGUUGAAGGAGUACGGGGUGGUCUUGAAGGCGAAGGCGUCGAGUGGGAAGCGGGACAAGGACAAGGGUGGCCAGCUGAUGGUGUGUCCCCUGGAGCACUCGAUGGACGGUGUGGAGGAGGGCAACGAGGUCAAGGUUCGUGUGAUCGGGAUGGACUUGGAGAAGGGCGUCGUCGAGGUGACCAUGGACACCGACCUUGUCAAGGCUGGGCGUUCGAAACACCUCCGGGCUAUGGUGCCGCUAGAGGCAGGGGAGACCGUUCCCGCGAAGGUGUUGGUGGCCAAACCCAAUGCCAAGUGGGCGGUAGCCGUCUCCGAUGAUGGACAGGGCCGCCUCUUCGUCCUACAGGUGGCAGAUUUCCACUGCCCUCACCGAACCUGCGAAGACGCUGGCCUCUGCCCAGACACCCCAACUGCUGACCCUGCUGACCCCUCGUCAUCCGAAGCCAAAAGAAGAACCUUCGUGGCUAAGGUGGGGGAGUCCUUUACGCCAGGCCUGGAGGGCUACUGGGAGGCAAGGGAGGACGGCGUCGGUGCCAGUGGAUGCAAUCCUUACGCUGGAGCGGUGCUGGUUGUUGAGGAGGCUGACGGGAACACCGGCAAGCGAAAGAGCCGUCGCAAGGCUCGGGGAGAAGACCUUGAUCUGGGAGGAGGUGUCAAUGGUGGUGACGGUGCUUUGGAUGCUAUUCAAGACGUAGGGGCGCUUAUGAAGGCCGGCAGGGUUCCGCUCGGCAAGAUCAAGAUGGGGGCAAAGGUGGUGUGUGAGGUUCGGUCCGUGCACUGGGACCGGCUGGACGUGAAGGUAGCAGUCCGGUAUCCCAAGAGCUAUGGGCCCUCGGUGGGUAAAGCCCGCAAUCGGCAGGUUGGGGUGGAGGAGGCGGAGAAAAACGAUCAAAUCGAGGGCAACGACAAGGGCACGGUGGAUGCGGAGACCUCGAACAAGGGCAGCAAGAAGAGGAGACGAGAGAAGACCAACAAGUCCAAGGCUAAGGGUUCAAAGCCUGGGGAUGAGGGUGAGCCUGAGGCUGACGCGAAGGCCGACAAGAAACACCGAAAGCAAAUGGUCCGGAUUCGAGCCAAGAUCCACUGCACUGCGGCGGGACUUCCGGGGCUCGAUGGUCCUGCGGAACGACAGAGGAAGGACACCGCCGGAGAUGGCGUUGCCGACCUGCCUCCUUGGCAUCCGCUGGAAAAGUUCCACGUCGGACAAGUGCUGACAGCCCGAGUGCUCCACUUCGAGGACAUGACUCAGAAGGACCCCAAGUCGGACUUCGUGUUCCGACUCCUCGAGUUGGGACUCCUGGACGGGGACGGCACUGUCACCAUCGACCAAUCGGGGCUAGGCGAAGCAGAAGGAGAAGGAGAGGAAGCUGUUUCUGUUCCUGCAGUGCCGUGGUGGGGAGAGUGCCCCCCCAAGGCUGGGGAAGUACACAGGGGUGUCAUCACGGAGGUCGCAGAGCACGGAUUGCUGGUGUCCUUGUCCAACUCGGUCCGCGGCUUGGUGCCAUUGGCAAAACUCAGCUCUGACGCGACAGUCACCGCCAAAAACUUCGGCGAGUUUUUCGAGAGGGGAAUGGGACUCCGGGUUCUUGUCCGGAGGGUUGAAGAGGAAAGACGUCGUCUCAUCCUCUCUCUCGUCGGUGUCCCCGACCGCGACACGCUUCCAGACUCAGCCCUCCCGGCCAUGUCCCCGGGUUUCCAAGCCGAUGUAAAGUCGAAGGCGGCGAGAAACCUGACGUCAGAGUCCCCUGAUGCCGGAGAUGUCGUCGAGGGCAGGGUGGACCUUACCGUUAAGGCGUGGUCCCCUCCGUGCGUGAUGGUGAGGUUGGACGGCGGCUGUAUCGGGAGGGUGUGCGUGACGGAGCUGUCGGAAGAAGAGGCUUGGAAGGACAAUCCCGUUGGACGGAUAAAGGAUGGUGCUCGCGUGAAGUGCAGGGUGCUGCCCCCUCUCCCGAAGAGAUCUACGGAAGCGCAAUCCAAGUCACGAAGGCGACGGUCUGGCGAUGGCGAUGAAGACGAUGAAGAGGGUGACGGUUACAUGGGACCGGUGGAGCUAUCGCUGCGACCGUGUAGGGUGGAGGCAUCGAAGAACAAGCGAAAAGAGGCCAUCAAGAGGGAUGCCGCUCCGAAAGUGGGGUCUACCGCUAAGUGCUACGUCGUGGCAACCAGCAAGUCGGGCUGCUUCGUCAUCCUCAACGGAGGCGUGUCCGGCAGAGUACUACUCAAGCACCUGUCAGACCGAUUCGUCUCCGACCCAGCGCAGGAGUUCCCUGCGGGGAAACUUGUCGCAGGGAAAGUUCUUGCCCAGGAAAAGGAGACGGGGCGGGUGUCGCUGUCCCUGAAGCCGUCCGACGUGGUUGGAGGCGAGGGAGGGGCACUCACGUGGUCUAGUGAGAUUCUCAAGCCAGGGCUGAAGGUGAAGGGCACGGUGGAUACCGUCAAGGACUUCGGCGUGUUCAUCCAGAUCCACGACUCGAAGGUGCGAGGGAUGUGUCAUCGCUCUGAGGCUGCUGACGAAACCAUCGACGACCUUACCCAAGUCUACGACGAGGGAGACCUUGUGAAGGCCGUCGUACUCAAGGUGAACAAAAACAACAAGCGCGUGAGCCUCGGUCUGAAAGCAAGUUAUUUCGAAGACGAUCCGGACAGCGACUCAGACGACAGCGGAUCGGACCAAGACGGGAGUGAAGACGUGGACGAUGGCCACAAGGCAGAAAGCAGCGAUGAGAACGACGACAUGGUGGCAGCAGCGGCGAUGGAAGUGUCGGACGAUGACGAAGGCGAGCAAGAUCAGGAUGAGGAUGAUAGCGAGGAAGAAGAGAGUGAAGACAGCGAUGACGAUGAGAGCGAGAGGGCGUCCAAGAGAGCAAAAGGUGGUGUCCUGGGUGGGGGUCUGGGGGGAGAGAAAGUCGGCGGGGCUAACGCCUUUUGUCUUAACUUCGGGGACCUGGUUAGUUCGAUGGGCGGUGCCGGCGCGAGCAGCGAUGAGGACGAAGACAGCGACGAAGACGACGGCAGCGAUCAGGAUGGGGGUGCAUCGGGGACUAAGAGUCACCGAUCUCGCAAGAAGGCGAAGGAGAGGAGAGAGGAGGAGGACCGCAUCGCCGCUAGGGAACGAGCCCUGCAAGACGAGGAUGCGGCACCAGAGACGGCUGGCGAUUACGAGAGGCUUCUGGUGGCGACGCCAAAUGACUCCCUGUUGUGGGUCAAGUUCAUGGCCUUCAAACUCUCCCUCGCUGACGUUGAGGGUGCUCGUGCGGUGUGCGAGAGAGGGUUGAAGGCGGUGUCUUUCCGAGAGGAGCAAGAGCGGUUCAACCUGUGGGUCUCUCUGAUCAACCUCGAGCACAAGUACGGCAGUCGUUCUACCCUCAAGGCCGUGUCGGAGAGAGCUUGCCAGAACAGCAACCCCAAGAAGGUCUACCUCCACAUGGCAGAGAUGCACGAGAAGGCUCAGGAGAGCGAGGAAUGCGAAGAAGUUUUCCAGGCAGCCGUGAAGAAGUUCAGACAUUCCCAGAAGGUGUGGGUAGCGUAUCAGCUGUCGCGACUGAAGAGAGGGGACGACGCCGGUGCUCGAGAGGCACUCAAGCGAAGCCUGCAGUCCCUGGCUAGGCACAAGCACGUCUCUGUCAUCUCGAGGUUCGCUCAAAACGAGUUUGAGCACGGGUCGGUGGAGCGGGGUCGCUCGGUGUUCGAGGGCCUUAUGGCGUCCUACCCCAAGCGCCUGGAUCUGUGGAACGUGUACUUCGACAAGGAGGUGAAGGCUGGAGACCUGAGGGCGGCGAGGAAUCUGCUGGAGCGAUUGACGGGCAUGGACUUCAAUGCGAAACGAAUGAAGGGGGUGUUUAAGAAGUACCUUCAGUUCGAGAUGGAGCACGGCGACGAGGCCCGUGUGAACGCCGUCAAAGCCAAGGCCACCGAAUACGUGGCGUCUUUGGCUGGAUGAAGAUCAAGAGCACAACCCAAGCGGUGGCUGCGAGAUCUUCUUUUUAGCGGUUAACUUUUCGGCUGUAUCGGUCGGUUUGACUACUGUACGGCAAGCGUCGUGGUAGGAGUGUGAGGCAGGGACGCUGCAGCACUAGAUCCUCGUUGUAUUGCUUUUGCCUUUAAUCGGUGUCACGUCGUAAAGUCUCAUCUGUCUUUGCUUUUUUGGGUGCGAAGGGUUUGUUGUUGCUCUACAGGUGAUUUUGAUGGUUAAUGAUUAUUGUGUCUACCGCGGGUCAAACGACUAGAUACUUCCGUUUUAUCCGCAUGAUAAGUGGGCGCGUGAAAUGUAGCGUUCAGCGCGCGGGGGUGAUAUUCAUUUAGUGUCCCCCAAUUGUAACUAUCCCACCGGAUGUAGUUUUUGUGUAAUUUUCGUGUUUGUUUGGUUCCUGGCGUCACGGCGGUAGGAUAACGCCUUUUAUUUGGGUGGCAAGGAAUUGGCUGCACAAGUAUGUAGCAGCUCCGUGUUGCUCCAUGUUUCUUGGCAUGGUGUGAUCGGCCAUUCAUGUUGUUGAGAGCGAUUUUGCGUGACGUUUUUCUGGAGGCAGGGGUGGCAGUUUGGGCUCCGAUACCUGUGAUACUCCGUUUUGGUGUGAGGAACGCCCAUGGUCCAUCAAAAGUGGCGCGUGUGACUUGUUGUGGUCGGUAUGUAAAUACAAUGUGAUGCAACACUUUGGAGAGAAUGCACGUUAGAAGAAGCAACUGAGAGGUGGUAAGUUUCUAGGAGUGAGCAGUCUGCCUCUCCUGAAGCCCCCCCGUUACAUCAAGAAUAUACGUGUCGAGUUUC